CUAGUGGUGGUGACAAAAGUGGAUGGGGAGGUGGAGCUAGUGGUGGGGACAAAAGUGGCUGGGGUGCUGGUCCAAGCGAUGCUGAACAGGGAAACUCUGGUUGGGGAACUGGAUCCAAGAAAGCCGGAGACAAUGGAUGGUCUGGAAACUGACCGGGCGGAAUCCACAGAGCAUUCACAUUCAUCUUUGCAGCUUUUCUACCGAUGGAAGUACUAAAGCGCGGAGAACUUUAGCGAUCAUAAAGCCGGAUGGAUUGCUCGGUAACUACACAGAUGAUAUCAAGAGAACAAUUUCAGAAUAUGGUUUCAGCAUUGUCAAGGAACAGAUUGUUCAACUUGGCGAGGCGACUGUGAAAAGAUUUUAUGCAGAACACUCUUCAAAAAGCUUCUUUUCAAGCCUAGUUAAAUACAUGACAAGUGGACCAGUGUUAGUCAUGGUUUUGGAAAAGGAUAAUGUUGUUGCUGAUUGGCGCGCUUUAAUGGGUCCUACUGAUGCAAGCAAGGCCAAGAUUACUCACCCUCACAGCAUUAGAGCAAAAUGUGGAUUGGACACUGAAAAAAAUUGUGUUCAUGGUUCAGACUCUACCAAAUCUGCACAAAGAGAGAUACUAUUUUUCUUCGACGAGCUCGCUCCAGAUGAGUAAUUUUACUCGAGAAUUCAUAAUAUAAAGAUACUUGCUUAUUUAAGUAUUCUUUUGAGAAAGAUUAUAUUCGAAUUAUCAUAAACCUUUGCCUCACCAAUUCUUAUGGCAGAUGCAAUUACAGAACACGAUGAAUUAAUGCGCAUAGUUUAUAGUUUUGGCAUCUGUCAUGAACAUCCUGGCACAUUUGUAUUGACUUACAUAAGAAGUACAAAUCCACACCAUGAGUACAUUGGUCUUUACCCCAAAGGAUUCAGGUUCCGCAAAAAGAUGUUUGAGGAUAUUGACCGGCUUGUGGCAUAUUUUCAAAGGCACAUCGAUGAUCCACAAAAUGAUUCAGCACCUUCCAUUAGGUCAGUAGCUGCAAUGGUGCCAAUGCGAAGCCCUGCUACUGGUGGCUCAUCAGGAGCAUCUGGUGCAGUAGCUGCUGGUGCAGUACCUUUAAUUUAAGAGUCUUGGGUUAGAAAAUAAUGCCUCGUUACGACUACAAAUCUUGACUCUCUAAGUAGCAACGGUACACGGAAAUUACAGUUUGUUCUCGUGUUCUAAUUAUCUAAACUAAUUUUAUUGUUUUUCCUACUCCAUGACAUCAAACCAUUCUCAUAGCCUUAGAUAAACAUCGUGAGAAUAGAUAACGAUACUUGCUACAGCUAUCUGUGGGAUUGAAAAAUCUUUUAUACUAUAACUGAUAUUGUUUUAGAUUUUUUUUCUAUUGUCCACAAGUUCAUGUAAUAUGAAGCGUAUCAAAAGACAUGAAAU